CUCUCCGUUCUUGCAAGAAGCCGAUCAACCCGCGUUGCAAUCUCUCUCGGAGAUCCGCCGUCGGGCGCUGAUCGCCGCCUCCGCCUCCGUCUCCGUCUCCGCCUCCGCCUCCGUCUCCGCCUCUCUCUGUGCUGUGCGUUCCGGGGCCUUGUCGCCGUGCGGAGCAGAUCGGAGGGAAGAGGGAGAGGGAGAGACGGAGCGCGCGCGAUCCCGGCCACCAUGUCCGACUCUUUGCCUUAUUCCAUGAAGGACGUCAAAUACGACAACGCCAAGUUUCGCCAGCGAUCGCUGUACAAGGUGAUAAAUCAGACCUUGCUCACUCGUAACAUAAAGCGUGAUUGGUUGAGUUGUAGUACGGGGAAGUUUCUUGCUUUGGUGAUGCUCUUUGGUUUAGCAUAUCUUUUCAUGGCACAUACAAGUUCAGGACCCCAAGUUUCUGGUGGAUUAGCAAAAGAUGUCAUGGUAAAUAAAGGGGACAAGAUCAAUAGUGAUGGUAUCAGCGGACUUAGAAGAUUUUGGAGGAAACCCCCAAGGCUUCCUCCUCGUUUAUCACCUGAUGAGAAGGGCGGAAAAAAUUCUUUCGGUCGUGAAGCUGAGAAUCCAAGUUCCAGAUUAAAGUGGGUAAGCAGACAACAAAAGGUUAAGGAUGCUUUUAUCCAUGCAUGGUCUGGUUACAAGAAACAUGCAAUGGGCUAUGAUGAACUCAUGCCUGUCAGCCAGCGUGGUGUUGAUGGAUUAGGAGGUUUAGGUGCAACAGUUGUGGAUGCUCUUGAUACUGCUAUUAUAAUGGGUGCUGAUGAAAUUGUCUCUGAAGCAGGUUUGUGGAUUGAAACUCAGCUAUUAGACAGGAUUAAACACAAAGGUCAAGUCAAUUUGUUCGAGACGACAAUACGUGUGUUGGGUGGUCUAUUGAGUGCCUAUCAUUUGAGUGGAGGAGAUGAGGGGAUGAAAUUGACAAGAAAUGGUCCCAAACCAACAGUUUACCUGGAUACUGCUAGGGAUUUGGCUGAUCGUCUGUUAUCUGCUUUCACUGCUAGUCCGACUUCGGUUCCUUAUAGUGAUGUAAUUUUACGCGAUUCUUCAGCACAUCCAGCUCCUGAUGGACUGAGUAGUACUUCAGAAGCUUCAACUUUGCAGCUUGAGUUUAAUUAUCUUAGUAUGGUUUCUGGUGAUCCAAAGUACAGUUUGGAGGCAAUGAAAGUCUUGGAGCAUCUGAAGACUCUACCCAAGGUGGAGGGCUUGGUUCCUAUCUACAUAAGCCCUCAAUCUGGUCAAUUUAGCGGAGAAAAUAUAAGGCUAGGGUCUCGGGGGGACAGCUAUUAUGAGUAUUUGCUGAAAGUGUGGCUUCAUCAGGGAGGUAGUCAAAAUAGUAAUCUAACCUACCUAUACGAGAUGUACAGUGAAGCUAUGAAGGGUGUACGUAACCGGCUUGUGCGUAAAUCAGUCCCAAAUGGCUUGGUUUUCGUGGGAGAACUGCCUUACGGAUCUAAUGGAGCUUUCAGUCCGAAAAUGGAUCACCUGGUAUGUUUCCUGCCUGGUACACUUGCACUUGGUGCAACAAAAGGCAAGACAAAAGAGAGAGCAAUGAAAGACGAUUUACUUACAUUUGAAGACUUGGAAAAUUUGAAGCUUGCUGAAGAUUUGACGCAUACAUGCUUUCAGAUGUAUUCCGUAACCUCUACUGGUCUUGCUCCGGAAAUUGCUUACUUCCAUACAGAGGAGUACUCUGAAGAGGGUCUUGAUGGUGGAAAUAAGAUCUCUAAGUAUUUGAGCGACAUUAUUAUCAAACACGCUGAUCGUCAUAAUCUUUUGCGUCCUGAAACAGUGGAAUCAUUGUUUGUUCUAUACCGUAUUACAGAAGACCCAAAAUACCGUGAAUGGGGUUGGCAGAUCUUUGAGGCAUUUGAGAAAUACACAAAGGUCGAUACUGGUGGCUACAGUUCUCUUGAUGACGUCACCCACAUUCCUCCUCGAAGGAGAGACAAAAUGGAGACCUUCUUCUUGGGAGAGACGCUGAAAUACUUGUAUUUGUUGUUCUCGGACAGUGAUGUUAUUCCCUUGGAUAAGUUCGUUUUCAACACGGAAGCUCACCCUUUGCCUAUUAAAGCUGCGGUCAGGAGUAGCUAACACGUACAGUACAUUGUGAUCACUGCGAAGAUAAUACAUCAGAAAGAUCACGGCCCAAACUGCUUUUUUUGCUUAGUUGGUACCUCUAGGACCCAAAGGAAGCAUGGCCUGUUUGAUGAGGGUUAUCCGCAGCGAAUUCUGCCAUAAAGGAUGAUUGUUCUACGCCUUGCACAACAAUGAGCAGUCUCAAAUCAGAAAUUGUUUCGGAUCCACCAAUUUUUCUGCCUCUUCGAUUAGGGCAGCACUGGUAUCAUGCUCUUUCAAGUGGGGCUGUUCAUUUGUCUUAUAGCUCCUCGUUCGAUUCUUUUCUUCUCUGUAUCAAUAGAUAGAGGAAUUUAGCAUCUCAAGUAUAGGAUGGUUGGAAUAUAUCUUUUGCUUUCCAGUUUAUCACGUCAUUUCUAGCUUUGGAGCCCAUUUGACCUGUUCUGAAUACAAAACAGGGUGAGCGACCAGAGACACUCAAGUUUCAACUGAGAACCGGAUGCUAAAUUCUCUGGAACGAUGCUAAUGGGAGUCAAUACACAAUACCUUAUUGUCUGAAUGUAUACUCAUGUCAGGUUGUUACCUCGAGAUUUUGGCGCGCAAGUCUUUUAUAAUGUUAAAGAGAUGAAGCAUUAGUUAGAGUGGUUUUAUUGAGCCUUUUUCCGACAUCUGUUAUGUAUGUUAAAACUUUUUCGGUUAUACUUUUCCACACAACAGUUGAUGAUUGUGAAAUUAGAACUUUGUUCGGACA